AUGGAGUUUGUGUCAGCCUUGGCCGACUUUCAAGCAGAGGCUAGCUGUCCCAUCUGUUUGGACUUCUUAAAAGACCCAGUGACCAUUAACUGUGGACAUAACUUCUGUCUCUCCUGCAUCAAUAUGUCCUGGAAGGAUCUAACUGAUACUUUCCCCUGCCCUUUUUGCCGAUUUUGCUGUCUAGAAAGGAAAUUUGCAAGCAAUCUCCAGCUGGGCAAUUUGGCUGAAAUUGCUAAACUACUCCAGAUAAGAAGAAGCAAGAGGAAGAGACAAGAAGAAAAAUUUGUAUGUGAAAAGCACAAUCAGGUUUUGACUUUUUUCUGUCAGAAGGACUUAGAGGUUUUAUGUCCACGGUGCAGUUUUUCUACUGAUCACCGGAAUCAUUAUAUUUGGCCCAUAGAGAAGGCUGCCCGCUAUCAUAGGGAAAGACUGGAGUAUUGCAUUGAGCCGUGGAAGGAGAGAGUGGAACAAGUUGAAAAAGUGAUAACUAUGCAAACCAGAAAGUCAGUGGAACUGAAGAAGAAGGUAGAAUAUAGGAGAGAAGAAAUAAGGUCUGAAUUUGAGCAACUUAUGUUGUUUCUCCAAAAUGAGCAAGAGACGGUUCUUCGGGAAUUACAAGACGAAGAAACAGCUAUUUUAACAAAACUAAAUGACAACCUAACAAAAUUUUCAGAUCAUGUUUCCACAUUAAAAUGUCUGUUAAAGGAAAUAGAGAGCAAAUAUGUGAAGUCAGAACUGGAAUUCCUGACAGAUGUUAAAAGUAUCUACCAUAGAUACAAAACCUUAAAGGCCCCUGAACCGUUUUCGUUCCAAUUAAAGGAAUAUGGUUACCAUCUUCCUCCUCAAUAUUCUGGCCUAAACAAAAUUAUCAAGCAAUUUCAAGUUGAUGUGAUUCUAGAUCCUGAAACAGCACAUCGUAAACUUAUUGUUUCACAUGAUAGAAAAACUGUGCAAUAUGGAAAUAGAAUGCAAAACUUACCUCAUAACCCAAGGAGAUUUUAUCUUUGCCCAGCUGUUCUAGGUUCUGAGGGAUAUAAUUCUGGCAGGCAGUAUUGGGAGGUAGAUGUGAAAGACAAGCCUGAAUGGGUUUUGGGUGUCUGUAAAGACUCUAUUCCCAGGAGAAGAAGGAGUCAGAAUCCAUCAGUUUUAUUACAGGAUGGGUUAUGGUGUAUCAGACGAGGUAGUCAGAGUAAUUAUGUUGCAUUGGGUCCUAAAAAAAUUAAUCUCCUGCCAAAAGUAAUACCUAGUAAGAUUGGCAUUUUUUUAGACUACGAAUUAGGUGAGGUUUCCUUUUACAAUUUGAGUGAUAGAUCUCUUCUCUGUAUUUUUAACGACUAUUUUACAGGAGCACUUUGGCCCUAUUUUGAUACUGGAACUGACUCAAAACCUCUUAAGAUCUGUACAGUAACUGAUUCUGAAUGA